UCACUUCUGUUCCACUGAUCUAUAAAUACUGUCUGGGUCCACCUGACAAUACUACAGCCAGGAGAAACACUCUGCUCACAUCUCAUUAUCAAGAUGAACAUGUUACUACACCAUGUCCUGUGUCUCAUCCUUCACGUGGUAUCAAGCAGCCAGUAUGGGACAGAGACCAUCGAGACUCUCAUGCCAAAUGUGAAGGUGGUGAAGGUGGAGCUGAGGAGCUUCACUGAGACGCAGGUCCCUCUGCUCUGUGGGGACUCCUAUCAGGACACAGAGGUGAUCUGGAUGAAGGACAGUGAGCGUGAAGGACAAGGGAACCAGAUCCAGGUGAAAGUGGAGGAGAUGAUGGGAGCGAACUACAGCUGCCACAACGCUGCUGGAGACUACCUCAACCACACUCUGGUGCUGGUGCAGGACAUACCAUCGCCCAACAGAACGAGACGCGUCCUGGAGAAGUCACAUGAUGCAGAUGAGGAUGAGUACAUAAGAUGUUUGGCAAAAAAUUACAAUGGAACAUUUCAUUGCUUUUGGAAGAAGACCACCUAUCGGACGUCAGCUGUUGUUGCUCUGGUCCAAGUAGGACAGUUCUCUGGCAGAAACUUCUCCUGCUCCGUUCACAGUGAUGGUGCAGGUUUGACCUGUGAGGACCUGGACAGCUGUUCCUUUGCUGAGGAGGUGUCCCGUAUCGACCUGACCAUCUACUUCAGGAGCAACUACCUCCUAGAGGACUACACCGUUACACCGUUCUACAUACGAGAAAUAGUGGAGACAGACAAGAUCCACAUCACCAAGGUGGAGGGGAACACCUUUCAGUGGGGGUACCCUGCCACGUGGAGCCUCCCAUGCUCUUACUACCCCCUCACAUUCCAGGUCAAAGUGGUCCACGCCAGGGAAAGCUGUGACUCUGAAAAACAGGUCCUUCUAAAGGAAACCAAAGAAACCAAGUUUACCGUCACUCACAGCUCCAAGAGGUAUCGUUUCUGCCUGCGGGCGAAGGAUGAACUGGUUGACCGUCCCUGGUGUCAGUGGACCGAUUACGAGGUAAAGCAUCAACAUAAGAAACAUUGACAG